CAGAGAGAAGACUAUACGCCACCCCCCAUGUGCCGGUCAGUUCAUUUAGUCGCCAAAACCGCACACAAAAGCCUAGAAAUGACAUGCUAGAUACCAGCAGGGGCGACGUGUAUUCGUGAGUGUGGCGGAAUGGGGCGCACAUUGGAAUGGGCGGGCCGGGCGAAACACAUGGGAGGAAUCCCUCGAAAGAUGGUUUUAAUGGCGGUGGGUGCCUGCGCCAAAGCUGUGGUUAAUCUGCUGAAUACAAGCUCCGUCCACAACUCCGACACACUAAUUCGUCUCGUGCGGUCCAGACCCCCUGGUGUGCCUCUCAUCACGGUCAGCAAUCACAUGUCCACCUUGGACGAUCCACUCAUGUGGGGGUUCAAGGGUUUCCCAAUCACGGAUCCUGAUCUGGGUCGAUGGGUGCUUGCUGCUGAAGACAUUUGUUUCAAGAAUGCUGUAUAUUCUUACUUCUUCAGGCUCGGGAAAUGCAUACCUAUUACGCGAGGUGGUGGAAUUUAUCAAGAACACAUGAAUGAGGCUCUUGACCGCUUAAGUGAAGGAGCAUGGCUACAUACAUUUCCCGAAGGAAAAGUAAGUCAAGAAGACGCACCUAUUAGACAAUUAAAAUGGGGAACUGCUAGUCUUAUUGUUCGUUCACCAAUAACCCCGAUAGUUUUGCCAAUUGUUCAUCAAGGUUUUGAAAAGGUGAUGCCUGAAAACUUUUUCCUGGGCAGAAGACCACCUUUUCCGUUGUGGAAAAAGAACAUCAACAUAAUCGUUGGGGAGCCAAUAGAAUUGGACCUUUCCAAAAUGAAAGAGGUGGCAAUAUCUACGUCUCGUAAAUUAUCAUUUCCUACUAUGGGAUGGCCCAGCACUAACCCUCAUAGACUGGAUGAAGCAGCACAGAGAUGUCUUUACGCAGCUAUCUCGGACAGAAUUCGAACUGUCAUGGAGAGGUUACGAUGUUUUGCCAGAAGUUUUUGAAGUAGAAUGUUUCAACUCAAUCAUUUACAACGUAGCGUCUUGUUCAGACAUCUAGGAAGAUGAUUUGACCUCAAUUUUUGGUAAUGAUAAAUCAUUUUUUACGUGCAGUUGAGAAUGGAUUAAGUCUGUUCUGAGGCUGCUUUCUCUUUGUUUCUGCACAAUUAUUCAUACAAAUAAAGAAGCUGUACCAUUUUUUCUCUUUA